GCGCGGAUGGAGCUGCGGGCGCGGCGGUGCUUCUGGCUGCUUUGCUGCUGCUGCUGCUGCUGCUGCGCCCGGUCCGCGCAGCCCCGCGCCACCUUCACGGCGACCGAGCCGCGGAGCCGCGAGCCGCCGGCGGCCGCCUUCCGGGAAAGUCUUAAUAGACAUCGAUACUUGAAUUCUGUAUUCCCUCGUGAAAACUCAAGUGCCAUCUAUGGAAUAAAUCAAUUUUCUUAUUUGUCUCCUGAAGAGUUUAAAGCUAUUUAUUUAAGAAGCAAACCUUCCAGAUCGCCCAGGUACCCAGCAGAGGUGCGAACAUCCAUACGCAAUGUGUCUUUACCAUUAAGAUUUGACUGGCGGGACAAACGUGUUGUAACCCAAGUGAGGAACCAGCAGACUUGUGGAGGAUGCUGGGCCUUCAGUGUGGUGGGUGCUGUGGAAUCUGCAUAUGCAAUAAAAGGGAAGUCUUUGGCAGACAUAAGUGUACAGCAGGUCAUUGAUUGUUCAUAUAAUAAUUACGGCUGCAGUGGAGGCUCUACUCUCAAUGCUUUGAACUGGUUGAAUAAGACACAAGUAAAACUGGUGAGAGAUUCAGAGUACCCAUUUAAAGCACAGAAUGGCCUGUGCCAUUACUUUUCUGAUUCACAUUCUGGAUUUUCAAUCAGAGGUUAUUCUGCAUAUGACUUCAGUGACCAAGAAGAUGAAAUGGCAAAAGUACUUCUUACCUUUGGCCCAUUGGUAGUGGUAGUAGAUGCAGUGAGUUGGCAAGACUAUUUGGGAGGAAUAAUACAGCACCACUGCUCUAGUGGAGAAGCAAAUCAUGCUGUUCUCAUAACUGGAUUUGAUAAAAUAGGAAGUACUCCAUAUUGGAUUGUGCGGAACUCUUGGGGAAGUUCAUGGGGAGUAGACGGCUAUGCCCAUGUUAAAAUGGGAGGCAAUAUUUGUGGUAUUGCAGAUUCUGUUUCUGCUGUAUUUGUGUGACAUGUUGGGCAGAUCAAAGGACAACGACAAAAAUGAAGGUUCAUAAUGAGUUGUAGCAAAGAACUUCAUUCUCAGCAUUGUUCAUCUUUGGGCCACCACCUCUCUUUGGGCCACCAGCUCCAUGGCUCGGGAGGAAUCUGUAGAACAGUUUCUUACUCUGGGAUAAAGGUCACAUUAGGAAUCUCUUCAAUUUGAAGAGGCUUUUAUCUGGUUUGAUUGUUGUUUUUUGUUUGCUUAUUUUUAAUGAUAUACUUCCAAUAGGUUAAAAAGGGAAAACGAAUGUCUUUUCCUUUGUAGAACAUAAUCACCAGCCUUAACUUACACUUACAUACAAGAAUAGGCAACCUAAAAAAUGAGGUGUGCUUCUCACAAAUAUAUUCACAGCCCUCUGAGAUGGAAUUUCUUAAGGAUUUUGAAAUGCCGGGUGCUUUACCUCCACAAAAAAUGUUUACCCCUCAAACAGUAGAAAGGGCAUAUAGAAAGAAAAAAAAAAAAAGGACAAAAUCCCUUUUUAAGAGAAA